GCUCAAUGGACUCGAACACCAAACAGAGUAUAAAGCUCAAAUGCCUCCCCCAUAACCGCAUUCAUCAAGAUGAAAACGAUAAUCGCGCUGUGCCUAGUCGCAGCUUGCUGUUCAGCGAAAAUUAGCGCUGAGCAAAAAUGCGAGCCCUCAGCGACUCGAUCGAGCACGGUCCAGGGGCAAAUUUGCAAGGGUGCCCUUAUCUUUGAGGACAACUUUGACUUCCUUGAUCUAAGUAAAUGGAGCCACGAGGUCACCUUGGCUGGCGGAGGUAACUGGGAGUUCCAAGUUUACUGGGCCGACCCUGCCAACAGCUUCACCUCAAACGGCAAUCUCAACAUCCACCCUGGCAAGUUGGCCGAUAUCUAUGGCAAUGAUUUCCUCUACAGCGGUACCCUGGACCUUGGACCAAGCUGCACCCAGGAUUGGAACUUUGGUUGCGUGAGGACUGGAAAUUCGGAGAAUAUCCUGAAUCCGGCAACGUCUGCCCGCCUGCACACGGUCAACACCUUUGGCUUCACCUAUGGAACCGUUGAGGUCCGCGCCAGGAUCCCUGCUGGAGACUGGAUCUGGCCAGCCAUCUGGAUGAUGCCCCGAUACAGCGUGUACGGAGGGUGGCCGACCAGCGGCGAAAUCGACAUCAUGGAGUCGCGCGGAAACCGCGAGCUGGGCUCUUUUGGCGGCGCCGGCGUCAACAUUGGCGUUGAGCAGGUUAGUUCAACCAUGCACUGGGGCCCUGAUUUCGCCCACAACCGCUAUUACUUGACUCACUGGGAACGUAACUCCGUGCCUGGAUUCAACAAUGACUUCCACCUGUAUCAGGUUGAGUGGACGCCAGACUACAUCAAAUUCAGCGUGGACAACGUUGAGCAGGGCACCGUAACUCCCCCUGCUGGUGGAUUCUAUGAGUUGGGUGGCUUCGCCAACGAGGGCAUCGCUAACCCCUGGGGUUCCUCCAAGAUUGCCCCCUUCGACCAAGAGUUUUACCUGAUCCUCAACGUUGCCGUUGGAGGCACCAAUGGAUUCUUCCCUGACGGCGUUGCCAACCCUGGCGGAAAACCCUGGUCUAACGCCUCGCCGACGGCGUUCAGGGACUUCUGGGAAGGCAGAGGCCAGUGGGAGCCUACCUGGCAGGGUGACACCACUGACAUGCUGGUCGAUUACGUCAGAGUCUGGGCUUUGUAAUUUAAAUAAAAGUUGUUUAGAAAAGAAA